CCAUUAGGAUUAUGUGGUUUGAGCUCUGGUGCACCUCUUGUCUCUAGGUUUUACUCAACACCCACAAAUGUAUAGGACUUUUGCAAUAUGAAAAUAUCACAGAUUAUAAUCACAUGAUGCUGUUGAUCAAGCUGUAUGAAGGCAUGUUAUUUGAGCUAUUUCAGGGAAGUGAAACAUACUGUAUGUAGGAGGGUCAGUCUGUUCCAAGGCUAGAUUACAUUGAGUAGUCUGCACUUGGAUGAUAUUGGUUUCUACAGGACUGGAAAUGCCAAUUGGAGAACCAUGUCAAAUUCAUGGGUUUCGUUUUAACAGGCGGCAUUGAAGACAUGAGCACUCACUCUAAACAUCAUUUUGCCAGUGAAUAGGAGUCUCUGGCCUGUGGGUGUAGGUUGAGACUCAGCCUGCGUAAAGUGUAUUUUGUUUUAGGACCUAGUUUGACCUAAUCCUAUGUUAAAUCGUUUCAGCUGAUCAAGCGGGGAAACAGUUUGAUGUAAUCCUAAUUUGUCUGGUUUCAGUUUUCUAGCAAUAUUGUCGAGCGUUUUUGGAGUUGCCUUGCGCAAUUAAGAAGUGUAUCCUUAGCUCGUUUUUGGGGAUAUGAAAGGAACUUAUUUUUUAAAAUCACUGAUAUUGAAGUGAAAUUUGUGGUAACAAUUAUGUCUGACCAGUUGCUCUCUAAUGAGCGGUCUUUACCCCUCUUCAGGCGGCUGUGUUACGCAGCUGGUCACUUUUUGAACGACCUUUGCGCGUCGUUAUGGUUUACCUACCUAUUGGUCUACUACCAUUCCGUGCUUGGGUUCAAGAGCACAUAUGCAGGUGUAUUGCUGUUUAUAGGUCAAAUAGCGGAUGGUGUCUCCACGCCCCUUGUCGGUAUCGAGUCGGAUCGAACAGCUGGAUGUGGAGCAUAUGGCAAAAGAAAAACAUGGCAUUUAGUCGGCACUAUCAGUGUACUUAUCUCCUUUCCCUUCAUAUUUAACCCGUGUGUGGGAUGUGGUGACAACACUCCACAGUGGGUGUGGAUCACCUAUUUCACCCCCUUCAUCAUCAUCUUCCAGUUUGGCUGGGCCGCCACCCAGAUCUCCCACCUGUCACUCAUCCCAGAGCUGGUGUCCAGUGAGCAUGCCAAGGUGGAGCUCACUGCCUACAGGUAUGCGUUCACGGUGGUGGCCAAUAUUACAGUGUAUGCUGUGGCCUUGUUACUCUUUCACUUCCAGGCCCAGCAGACUGGAGAUCCCUCUGUCACUGACAGCUUGGGCAUUGUUGACAUCCCCAUAUUCAGGGAUCUGUCCCUCAUUGUGCUGGGGAUCGGGGCAGUGUUUUCUUUCGUCUUCCACCUGGGAACCCGAGAGAGGGUUCCUCACAGGGAAGAGCCAGGCUCGCAGAAUGAGGAGAGUCGACCCCUGAUCUCCCCAACUUCCCAUAACACUAUACCCCAAUCUCUCCUCCAAUGGAAUCAUUGGUUGAAGGAGCCUUCAUUUUACCAGGUUGCUUUUCUGUACAUGUGCACCAGGUUGAUAGUCAACUUGUCCCAGACUUACGUUUCCAUGUAUCUCAUCAACUCCUUAUUGCUACCAAAGAAUUUCAUUGCCACCAUUCCUUUAGUGAUGUAUGUCAGUGGGUUUGUGUGUUCUCUGGUCAUGAAGCCAAUCAGCAAGCUUGUAGGCAUUAGUAUGACUUAUUUGCUAGGCCUCGUGCUGAUCCUGGGGUUUUCCUCCUGGGUGUUGGUGGGCAUGAACAUAGGGAGGCUGAUCUAUGGAGCUGCUGUACUGCUGGGUGCAGGCUCUGCCACCAUCCUGGUCAUGUCGCUCUCCAUGACGGCCAAACUGAUUGGAGAACAGACGCAAAGUGGGGCCUUUGUGUACGGGGCAAUGAGCUUCACAGAUAAGGUGGCCAAUGGCAUUGGUGUCAUCAUAAUCCAGAGACUGCAUCCCUGCAAUUCACAAGACAGCUGUCCAGACAGUGUGUGGUUCUAUCGUGAUGUCAUGGUGAUUGUGACUGGGGGUGUGGCCUUAGCAGCAGCAAUUUCCCUAUGCACCCUCCUCAUCUGGCCUAUUAGGAUCCGCCAACGUUUACCCAGUACCUCUGUCCAGAUGGAGGCAGAAGACAGAGAAUGAAACUACACAGGAGUCAACUGAAGAACAGAUUCUUUACUGUUUACUUUUACUGAUUCAUCUGUGGGGAAAACAUUGUGCCUGUUCAUAGGACAAAGACCAGGAGACUUUCAGUAUACCCAUUGGAAAUACAACAGGAACUUUACAGCAAGACAUUAACACCCCCAUAUCUAUCUAUACCUUUUAAGUGAUUUAGAUUUACUGCAUUUAUGGGGGGGAAGAAAAUCAUUUUUAAAAUGUUUAUUUAACUAGGCAUGUCAGUGAAGAACAAAUUCUUAUUUACAAUGAUGGGUACCAAUAAAUGGGUACAAUAUUCUACUUUAUAAUAAUACUGCGUACUGUACGCCUACUUACAGACAUGUCAAUGUUUUACACUUAAAAGGGAAUCACUUUUUUCUUCCAUAGAAACACACCCUCUGUUAUUAUGUAUUGUCUCCAUUAUUUCCUUCAGAUUUUCAUUGUAUAGAUUUUGAAAUUGUCAGUAACGCAGAGUUGUCAACUGUUUUUGGAUGAUUCUUUUCAGAUUUAAAAUGUUAAUGUCUUGUGGCUUAAGAUUGUGAGUGCUUUUGGACACCAUUGCCUGAUACAUGGUGGGACAAAAUGACCACAAUGCCUAGUUUUUGAUGAAAAUGCAGAUGAGUUGUCUCUGAGGAAUAAACAUUUACAUCUCACUCACAUCUUCACUGAGAGAGAUGAGACAAUUCAUCAUCAGUACAGUUGCAUACUAUUUUCCACAGGUGGGCUCCCUGGGUAGCAAUCGCAAUUGACCACGUUGCAGGUUGGAUUUAUGUGGUUGUUAAGGUUGAAUUUAAUGUUGUGAGAUACACAUUGUAACCAUUUGGUGAGUACAGUCAGUUGAGUCCAAAGGUUAUGAAAUAUAAUCAAGAGAAGCAAAGAGAGAAGGUCCUUUCAUUAUUCUCUGUGAGAUGGGCUUGUUGCUCAGCCUACAGCCAUCUAACUGAUUCCCCAAAGCACUGUUUAGAGAUGCGGUCUUGGGUAAUUUGGAGGGCGGGCGUCAUCACUGCUUGUUAGUUGAACCACUAAUUGGAGUCUGUGCUGGCAAUUGGUGGGGGGUGGGAGCGGUGGUACACUGUGAGUGGUCCCCUCAGGGGCUAUAGAUUUGGAACAGUGUUGUACAGAAAGCACACCAUCAUCAGAGGCUUAUUCAGGACUGACACCCCUUGUUUUCAUAAGUCCAUAUGACAAAUAAAUGUUUUAGAUUACAUUUUCUUGCCCCAUUUAAAUGUAAUCAUACUGUACAUCAAGAUAGUCUACAUGCCAUUCUACACCACUAGUUGUUUCAUCAGUUGGUUUUUUUCAGUUAUAUCUUGGAAAAUGAACCACCUCCUACCAAGAAGGCACAUGUCACAUGGUCAUUUACUUGUCAACUGUAGCCCUACUUGUCAACUACAGCUAUCAUGCUUCCUUCAGGAGGAAUAUUUAAUCAGUGGAUAAAUCCCAUUAAAUCUGAGCUCUUUCUCAUUAAUGUGUCAGAUUGACCAUAAACCACCUCCUACACACCAUCUAAUUAGUGUUUAAAACACACAGAUACAUACCUCCAAUAGAGUUAGAGGGAGUCAGAGAACAAACAGAUUUUGUUCAGUGUUAACUGAUGAAUGUAAACAGCAGAAAUUCCCCCAGUGUGUUGCCAGAGAUAAAGCUAUAAGUGCUUGGUGAGCAAUUGUAUAAAUAAGGAGGCUUGAUUUUAGGACAGCAGUAUGUUUGAAAAUGAACUUGGCCAACCCAUCUAUUCUUGAUUUUAAAAAACUACUGGUGUCCAUUGUUCCAAUGUCAAUGCUAUGUCCCUUUUAUGCUUUGUGGCCCCUUGAAGCUAUCGAAUUCUCUCAAACAGAUGUAAUUAUAGCCAACGUCUCGGUUUCUGAAGAUAUUUCAUGGCUUAAAACAGCAACUUGACAUUUACAUUAGUUCUUGUGUCCCAACAUAACUGUGGCAAGUCACGACAGCUGCUUGAGUUGCACUCUUGGAUCUGUGACACACUGACCUAUUCCUGUGUGUUUGACCUGCUGCUUAGAGUUGAGUACCUUGAGUUGAAUUUGUUUUGCAUUAAAAGACAAAGCAUUGGACAAUG